UGCGUGGUUGCAACUUGUUUACAAUAUGACGACUUUUUUGCAAGGGAGAAUGCGGUGUACUUUAGUGUGUAUAGCACAGUAAAAGUCGAUAAAUCAAACGACUUCAUUGCUUUUAUGUUUAAAUAAUUUAUAAGUAUUAAAAGAAACAAACAUAUUUUCUCUAAGUGUGAUGCUGAUACUUUUGUUCGUGUAUUAUUUAACUCUGAUGAUGUAAACAUGUCCCAGUUUACGAAAAAAGGAAAGAAACAUUUCAUAAGAGAAUCUGGCUCUGAUAUAUCUGCUGAUUCGGAGGAUGUGAAUAAACUUUUUAAACAGAAACAAAGUCCAAAAUGGUUACAUGAGGAUGAAACGGAUACAGCUGCAAGUUCUGAUUUAUGUAAAAGCCAUACUUAUGGACCAGUCCACAGUACUCCGACUGAUUCAAAGAAACUUACAUCUUACUCUAUGGGAACUACAGAUGAAAGUCUGGGAAUUGUGCGAGAACUUGAUUUUCAGCCCAAGAGUUCUGAAGAUGUAGACCUGGAAGGGUGUGUAAAACGUUUACAGGUGAAUACAGUAUAUUCCUUUUCCACCAAUGGCAGCGGACGUGCUGUUACAAAACUUCAUGCUCUGUGA